AUUUCUUUAACUGGAAUGGAACGGAAGCUGGAUGGAUUCUGGUGUUGUUUCCGGUGAUAGUUGUACCCAUCUAAGUGCAGCUUCUGGAACUAUCUCAUUUGAUAGACAUGAGUCCAGAUAUUCGAGAUGCUGGAAAAUUAUAGUUCCGGCAAACAGCUAUGUUCAUCUGACAAUGGAAUCAUUUUAUUCAUCUAGUGGGGGUUGCUCUUACGCAAAAGUAGAAGUUUCUAUUGCAAACAGAGAUGAAAAGUAUACAUUCUGCCCUGAAGAAUCUAAUUGGCAGCCUGUUAUGGCAUUUGAUGAUAUUACAGUAACAUUUACGAUGAGUCACUAUAACUACUUUACCAGCAGGUUCUCAAUGAGAUAUCGAGGAGAAAAUUUUCUGUGUGCUCAGAAGAACAUAUUCAAAUGCUUCAGUGGUGCAUGUAUUCCUCAAUCACAAGUAUGUGAUGGAAUAAAGCACUGCUAUGAUGGAGAUGACGAAAAUGGAUGUGAAACGGGAGUUUUUGCGAUUCCAGGAGUGGAUGACAGUCGACUCGAGGGAAUAAGAUGGUUGAAGCAAAAGUGGUCGGCCGCAUCGGGUUGGCAGGAAAACACUCACAGGGGAGUUAUAGCUUUGAGUUUAGCAACCGAAAAGAAUGCUACGGGGAUCGACAUAGAAGGAAAUCUGAUGGUGAAACAACUGGAAGUUCAGGCCUUGGCUUCUCUCUUGAGAAAUGAAACGGAUCCAUUAUCGGCAAAUCAACUAAGUAUGUUUGUCAAUGCUCUGGUCGCGUCCUGCCAAGAUCCCUACAACUUCCACGGGUAUGAUUUGGUGAAACUGCUGAAAGAAAAAGUUGAAACUUCUUCUUUAACUAAUCGCCCUGUGUCUUAUUUGGCUCUCUGCAACGCCGGCGAAACUUUGCCAGUCAAUGCCACCAAUGAUCUCAGUGAAGUCUUGAACAGCGAUUCGGAAUAUCCAUUUCUUUUAGACGUUCAAGCUGCAGCUGUCAUGGCAUUUUCCUGCGUCGAAACCAUUGCGCACAAUGGCACCAAUUCAUCCUUAAUAGAUAAGGACUACGAGGAAGCUAUAGCAAGAUUCAAGAAAUUACAGCUCGAAGAUGGCAGCUUUGGCAAUAUCUACACGAGUGCCAUCGUUACGCAAGCGUUAAUCUCAGCUGCAGAAGAAAACAGCAAAGACUGGAAUCUUAACGGAGCAGUCAGUUAUUUGAUGAAAUAUUUAAAUUCGACAUCCGUGGACUUUUUAGCGACGUACUUGAUUCUACCCGUUUUGAAUGGGAAUUGUCUCGCAGAUAUCAAAAGCAUCAAUUGCACUGUUGGUUUACAACGUGGAUCACAAGGUGACUCAGCACUUGACGUGAAAAAUAAGCUCGGCCCUAAAAUGCGUGUCCAGUAUUCCCUGUACAUCGGUGACGAGAAGGACAUUGUCCACACUUUAUCGCUUCGAGUGCCAGAAAACAUCACUUUGUUUGAAAUCAUGCAACUAGCAGAAGAAGCGGACUCCAAAUAUAAGUAUACAGUUUGA